CGGGAGGUGUCAGCCUCUCUGCUGCUGUGCCCCCAGGACUGGCCUCCUCGGCCCCUUGGACGCUGGCCAUGGAGUCUGGUUCACCUGCAGAAUUACCCUUCCUUAGCCGGCUCACGUUAAACAGCAUUUCGUCGUUUAAGCCCUUAUCAGUGAAUUAAAAAAUCAUCCAAUUGUGCUGCUGUUGUUAUGUUCACAGGUAGGGCAAACUGCCCUUACUAUGCCAAGGCUGAGCUCCUGGCUGACUAUCUCCAGACUAACUUGCCCGACUUCAGGGUUCACAAGAUUACUCAGCACCCUGACAAGUGGGAGCAGUGGCUUCGUGACAUUUGUGAAACAAAUGGAUGGGAGCACAGACACAGUCCUAUCAUUUGGAGAGAACUGUUGGAUCGUGGAGGGAAGGGUCAGCUUCUGGGAGGACUUAAUGAUUUUCUGGAAUAUGCUCAGCAAUAUUAUGGUAUCACUUCAAUGAUGCUGAGUGAGGAAAUGUUAGACAUUGCUGAGGAGAACCUGCAGGCACAUCUUGAAAUUGUAAAAGAGGAUGAAGAGAUUAAAAGUCUUAUCAAGCCUAUGCAGAUCUGGAUCACUGGUGCAUCAGUUCCAAUCUGUUAUCAUCUGAUCCCUCUGUUGGCAAAUGGAGAAGUGUUUGGGAUAACCACAGAAAUCAGUAUCCAUUUGCUUGACACUGACCAGUUUAAGGAAAUUCUUCAUGGUGUUGUAAUGGAAGCUGAAGACAUGGCGUUCCCUCUUCUCCGCAGUAUUUCAGAGCACACAGAAUUAGAUCAGGCUUUUAUUGAUGCUGAUGUUAUCAUUGUUCUUGAUGAUGUCCUCUUAAACCUUGAAGUCCAAUCCCUUGAGAACUACAUCAGAGAAGUGAGUGAAAUCUGCCAAGUGUAUGCUCCCUUGAUUGAGAAGAAUGCCAAGAGUGAGGUCAAAGUUGUUUCAUCAGGAAAAACCUUUGCAAACCUUAAGGCAACAAUGUUAAGGACAUAUGGCCCAUCCAUUAGGCCUGAAAAUAUCAUUGCUGUUGCCACAUCCUGGGAAAGUGCAGCUAAAGCCAUGCUGGCCAGGAAGCUGAAUACAAACACAGCAGGAGUAAAGGAUGUGAUUGUUUGGGGCAAUAUUACUGGGUCUAACUACAUUGAUUUGUCACAUGCAAAACUUUAUGGAUAUGACUGUGCUAUUCGGGGCCCUCCUCAUUUUCAACGUCCUCUGUUGAAUAUGAUUUAUGAUAGCGAGUGGAUCCAUUCAGAAUUGCUGUCUGCACAGAGUACCCUGAGUUCCCGGGUGUCGCGUUGUGCAGCAAUGUUACCUGCUCAUGCGGUAGCCACGGCACUGCGGUACUGGUACCAUGGCUCUCCUGAGGAGAUCAUUUCUCUGGGAAUACUUAGUGAAGGUCAGUUUUGCAUUCCUGAAGGAAUUAUCUGCUCUAUGCCAGUGAGGUUCCAGAAUGGUAACUGGGAAGUUGUGACGGAAUUAGAAAUUAGUGAAACAACCAGAGAAGUUCUGGAACGGUUGUCGCACGAGCUGGUUCAGGAGAAGCUUGUUGGACUAAAGGAAAUAAAUGAAAUACAUCCAUAUGAAGCAGAAUAAAACUCCACAUCUUCUCCCAAGUGUUUCUCUGAUGCCUUUUCUAUUGAAUUUGCUUUUCAAGUUGUCUGUCCUUAUUCGUCAAAAAAAGAACAGAUGAACGCUAAA